ACGUUGUGCAAUUUCGAUGAUUGUUGCAAAUGCCAAAAAUCGACACAUGAAUUGUGUUUAUAUGUCAUACAUCAAUCCCUAUGGUAAAUCCAUAUAUUUGUCCAUUAAUUGCAAACAUUUAUGAUUGUGUGGUGGCCUGUGCGGAUGGAAAAUUCUAGCAUCGGGUCAUCUAUCAAAUUAAGGUCGUGAGUGCGCAUGCGCGGAUCAUUCUGGAUACUUCCUCACGUGGAUCUGGCUCAGUGUGUCACAUCAGCGCUCACGAAGAAAUCGGGGUACAGCAGCUCAAGUCCAAAUACAUAAAAUGGCUUUCAGAAAAUUCCUCCCCAUGUUCGACCGGGUGUUGGUUGAACGCCUGGCAGCAGAGACUAUGAGCAAAGGGGGUAUCAUGUUACCCGAGAAGGCCCAAGGCAAGGUGCUGCAGGCUACAGUGGUUGCAGUGGGGCCGGGCUCUAUCAAUAAGGAUUUCUACAACUGGCCCGAUGAAUCCUUUGAAGAGAUGGACAGCACGCUCGCUGUCCAACAGUACAUCCAGCAGAAUAUCCGGUCGGACUGUUCUAACAUCGACAAGAUCCUGGAGCCUCCAGAGGGACAGGACGAGGGGGUCUGGAAGUAUGAGCAUCUCCGGCAAUUCUGCCUAGAGCUCAAUGGACUAGCUGUCAAACUGCAGAGCGAGUGUCACCCAGAGACCUGCACCCAGAUGACAGCCACCGAACAGUGGAUCUUUCUAUGUGCUGCUCACAAAACUCCCAAAGAGUGCCCUGCCAUCGACUACACCAGGCACACGCUGGAUGGAGCUGCCUGCCUACUCAACAGCAACAAAUACUUUCCAAGCAGGGUUAGCAUCAAGGAGUCAUCUGUGGCCAAGCUGGGCUCCGUGUGCCGCCGCAUCUAUAGGAUAUUCUCGCACGCAUACUUCCACCAUCGCCAGAUAUUUGACAAGUAUGAGAACGAAACCUUCCUAUGUCACCGCUUCACACGCUUUGUGAUGAAGUACAACCUGAUGUCCAAAGACAACCUGAUUGUGCCCAUCCUGGAGGAGGAGGAGGGGGCUCAGAACACCUCGUCCGCUGGGGAGAGCGAGGCCUAGAGGACCCCCACGCUGCUGCAACAAGGGAGUCGCGUGCACGCGCAUUUGUUCAUAGUUACAUGUUAUAAAUGACACGCACUACAGAUAUACCGCACACACAUCUCAUAAAUAUAUAUAUAUCCCACUACACAUUACACACGCACAACAACAAAUCUGUACAUUACAUACAACAGGAGCGCAGAGUGAGCUCCAUGUCGACUAUAGCGCCUGUGUGGCUCUCAGGACACAGGGGUGUAUGCGUGUUCAAUUCUUCCAUCCUAUGGAAGAACCGGGAUAAUUGGAACAUCCCAUUUGUACCUCUGUCCGAGCAGGCUAUAGCAGUGUCUAAAUCUGACGGGACAGGGUCGCAUUCACGGCUCAUACUCACACUAGCCUGGAUAGACAUUUGCGGGCAGCUGGAUUUACAUUACCCAUGCGUUAAAGAUGGGUUUAUCUACUGCUGACUAAGGCGCACACACAUACUUACACCAUGAAAUACUUGUAUAUAAUGCCCCCCCAAACUCCUGUUUCUUUUGAAUAAAGAAUGUUUUCCGAUCCUUGAAAUGUUUUUGUUUGUCAUAUCACGUCUCUAUUUGCUUGUGUUGCCUACCAGAUGUUUAAGGGUGGCCUUACUGUACACAUACAGUAAGUGUGGCCUGUGUUGUAGUGGGAGCAAAAAAGGAAUCUAGUUUUGUAUGUUAGCAGUCUGUUGUGCUAUUUCUCUUAUGUGGCUUUUGAAAUCCUUUGUAGAGAAUCUUGAGCAAGGCUUGUUGGUUCGAUCCUGGUUUUGUGACAUGCCCACAUUAUAAAUAUUGUAAGUGCGUCCCUUGCCGCUACAUUAUUAAGACGUUAUUUGACUGGUUGAAAAACAAUAUGAAAUGGAUGACAGUGAAAGGGUUAGCCUGACCCCUAACCCAGACUGAUGAAUGGUGAUGAGAUGGAGACACAUUCAAGUAUAGGAGCACAACCGUCCUUCGCUUCCCCCCCCCCCCCCCUUUCAUAAUUAAGUUAUUUUGUGGGAGAAGCGUUGUCUUGGCUACCCACUUUUUAUUUUUUUUUAAAUGGACAACAAAUUUUGUUACUGUUGACAUUGACAUGUCUGUUAAUAAAAAACCGUUACCCAGC